GCAGCGAGUUCCGCGAGUUCUCCCGGCGCCAGAUCCGCGACAUGGAGCGGCUCUUCCGGCAGUACGAUGCGGGGAAGGACGGUUUCAUUGACCUGAUGGAACUGAAGCUAAUGAUGGAAAAACUUGGCGCCCCCCAGACGCACCUUGGGCUGAAGAACAUGAUUAAAGAGGUCGACGAAGACUUGGACAGCAAACUCAGCUUCCGGGAGUUUCUUCUGAUUUUCCGCAAAGCCGCAGCAGGUGAACUGCAGGAGGACAGUGGUCUGCAUGCCUUGGCGCGGCUCUCGGAGAUAGAUGUCUCCACUGAGGGUGUGAAAGGAGCCAAAAGCUUUUUCGAGGCCAAAGUCCAAGCAAUCAAUGAUGCCAGCCGCUUCGAAGAGGAGAUCAAAGCUGAGCAAGAGGAGAAGAAAAAGCAGGCAGAGGAGAUGAAACAGAGAAAAGCGGCCUUCAAAGAAUUGCAGUCCACGUUCAAGCAAUGAUCUCACAGGUGGGGGAUCUCUCUGGAAAGGACCUCCCAGCACAGAGUCCCAGGGAGACACCGAGAAAACGCCAUGUGGCAGAUGUCUGCAAUGAGUUGUGUAAGCGUCGAUGGUUGAAGGGACCAAUUGAUAAACAGCAGCGUGUGAAUCCGGAGUGGCUGGACCCCUUCAGGUGCAGGCUGCUGAUGGGUUUGUUUACCACACUGCUUCCUUGCACUGUAAAUACUGCAAGGGGAGACUCUGGCGCUCCCACUUCCCUGCAUUGCCAUUGGUCUUUAGCCUGUGUUAUCUGUGAUGAUGUGUGUCCGCAAACUGGUUUGUGUGUGCGUGUGUGUGUGUAUACAAGGGUGGUGGUAGGGGGAAAUUGCUUGAAGCCAAAUGCUUGAUAUGUGCUUUGUACUCUGGUGUGUGCUCUCUUGGUAUAAGCACCUGAACGGUAUAAGCACCCAGCCUUGAAUGUACUGGACCCUGGACUAGCAGCUGCUGCCCACGCAGAAAUGCCACCUGCCACUUUAAUGUACACCAUCUCCUGGAAUCAGACAUUCUGCACUUAAUGCUUUAAAUCAGUCACAGUAGCUGAUACCUUUGUGUGGGAAGCACUGAGCAGAGGUAGAGCAGCCUCGUGGACCAAGCAGAGGGUGCCGGAGGAAAGGGAGCUCAGAGUUCUCAUCCUGCCUCUGGCACCAAUUCACUGUGUGGCCUUGGGUAAGGCACUUUAAACUGUCUCGGGCUUUCUGCCCCUAUGGGGGUGGGAACAGGAGGGGGAGGUAGGAUCCUACUCUUGUUCCUGUGGGGUUGAGGAGAAAAUGGGUUUGGAUUAGGUUAGAUGCUUGGCACCUCAUCUGCUGGUGUGUGCGAGCUCAGAGCUGGAGCCUGCAAGAUGUGGAGAGCUCCCUGAGCUGCUGGGGGCUCCACGGGCAGUCAGCACAUUGGAGCUGCUCAGCAUAUUGGCGGCCAAGCCCCAAGCACCAUGUCUCGCUACAGAGAAACAUCAGCGUGAAGCAGAAGGCAGAGCAAGGUGGCAUCUCCAAGACUGGUUCAGAGGUUUUGUAGACAACAACCUACUUUGUCAGAUACUGCUUAUCAUCUAUGUGGCCUACAGAAGCUCUGGACCAGAGAUCCCCUUAGAUGCUGCCUUGCCCUACCUUCUGCCUGACUUCAGCCUAACUCCAGUGUGAGGAUGGGAGACGGCCUAGCUCUGUAGAUAGGGACACGUUCUUAAAUAGAUCAGUCCCAUCCUUUUGGUCCCAUCUUUUAUUUAAAAUAGAGAAUCUGUAUUGGCUCCAAGUCACCAUGACACAAGUUGGGGCACUAGAGGUAGGUGCACUUGAGAUAGGUGAAGCCAAGGGAAACAAUGACACCUCAGAUGCAUCCCCACUUCAAUGGCCCUGAAUUCCUACUGUUUAGUUUAGGGAUGGGUUCAUUAUCCUACUAGUUGUGGGCUGGACGAUGCAGUCAGCGAUAGCACAAUCCCAUGUCUGCAACAUGCCCUGAUGUCCCGUUCCCUGAACUGGGAAAUCAGAAUGAACUGCACUGGGAGAAGUAGUACAGGGACAGACAGGAUGGCACAUGUUCAGCCCUAGAAAAUACAGGGACGCACAAAUGCAGUAACACAUGCAACUCGCCGAACGCAGCUACAGCUCUUUAAAAACCAAUACCAAUAUUCAGGCUGGAAACGAUGUCCCCCGCUCCACCCCAAAGUGCUUUUAAUUUUUCUUUUCCUUUUGCAUGCACUGUGAUUUUGAAAAGACAGGGUCACACCCUAAUCAUUUGAUUCAGUCCUUCCAGGUUUUGUAAUGAAAACAUAAAGCAUAGCCAGGUAUUGAACUGCACAUAUGACAUGUCCAGCUGGAAAAAAGGGGUACCACAUUUGCAUCAAGUGAUGUUUGUGAUGGAAGCCAAUAAACCUGUGUGAAGCUUGUGUGUACACAUGGAAAGCCCUAGCCACUGUUAAAAUUCAGAUGAGGAAGUGGAGUGUGAUACCAGAUCUCAAGUAUUGAUGUGUACUCUGCUAUUUGCAAAAAGAUCUUUACCGCUGUUAUGCAAAACCAACCAAUUUCAUAUCCUCAUGAAAAGAUUAAUGCUUGAUUGCUUUUAGACUAACCCUUUAUUUUGGUAAAAAAAA